GACGAUGCCGGUCCUCAGCUUUGACUUAACGUCUAGGCUGGUUUUAUCGCAGCUCAGAACGUGGGCUCAGAACUUCGCGGCAUUCAGGCCCUGACCGCCUUCGCCCACCACGUUCCCAGCCAGGCGGGCGCCUCCGGCACCGUUCACCCCUCUCGGGUCGGCGGCCGCCUUCGUCCCCUCGCCUCCAGCCCUCGUCCACGGACUUCUUGCUCAUCUGUCCCCAUGAGCACCUUGUGUUUGCGUCCUGGCUACUGAAGAUGAAACGGGCUCUUUUCCUUCUUUUACAUUGCGGUAGACAGCAUCUUUCUAAAAGCAGAGACUGUUUUCAAUUGUGUGGAGAGAAAAAAGGAAGAUGAUAACAUAGGGACGGUGUUGUAAAGUUAAAUUUUAUGAAGCCCUUAGUGUCUUUUUUUUCCUGCUUGUUUUUAAGUAGAGUACUAAGCUGAACUGUGAUCUAGUAGGAAAGAGGUCGCCAGAUUGUUUUAAAAUUCUUAGUUACACCUUUAAAUAAGUAGUCAAAGUGAAUGGUGUAGUACAACUCAUUUCAUAGACCGGAAGUCAGAGAGAGGACAUGUCUUACCUAACAUUAAACCUGCGAGUGUGUAUAAAUCAGUCCUGUAGGAGAAAAGACUUGAGUUUUACCUCUCUCCUUUUAUCCUUUGGGUUAAGAAACUGGUUGUGACCCAUGACUGGGUCAGCCUUUUGUCUUCCAUUGUUUUCUGCCUAUAGUAAUGUAUUACAGCUACAGUUUCCUUAUGUAUAAAAUAAUACUACCUAAGUGAUUUUGAUACGUGUCAAGCUAUUUAAAUGUUUUAAGAUGUAUUUACUUAGUUUCCAUUAUAGUCAACUUUAAAGUUAUGUAUUUUAAUAAAUCAGUCUAUAGAUAGGUUUCUUUUGUUUUUCUUUUAUUGGACUUUUUUUUACCUGGACAGUUUUCUAAACAUAAUUGUUUGCUAUACCUCAGACCAGAUGCACUUUUUGAAGUAUUUUAUUUUUAAAAUGACUUGCUUUUAUUACUAGUAGUAUACCAUGAAGGUUAAACCCAAGUAUAAAUAUGAAAUACAUUUGUUUCAUAUACAUUUGAUACACAUAGCCUGAAGGUAAAUGAGGGUAAGUUGGAAUCUACAUUUGUGGCAUUGAGUCAACACUCAUAAACAACACUCAUAAAAUUUCAGCACUUUGGAUUUUGGAUUUGCAGGUUGGGGGCUCUCAGCCUGUAGGGAAAAGGAAAAGAAAGAGAAAAGAAAAAACUGAAAAGAAGGAUAAAAUGGAAAAAAAGCAUUGUAAAUAUGAAGAGGAAAGGGGAUUAAAAGGAAGGGGAAAGGAAUGGGGAAAAAAGAUGAAUCAAGUUAUAUGUGCAGCUACCAUCCUUAAUAUGCUUCCCUGUGAUAUUUGUGGUGAAAUGGUAACCUCAGAAUCAGAUAUGAAGACUCACCUCCUAAUUGUUCACAUGGAAAAUGAAGUUAUAUGUCCAUUUUGCAAGUUGUCAGGUGUAAAUUAUGAUGAAAUGUGCUUUCAUAUUGAAACUGCACAUUUUGAGCAGAAUGCUCUAGAAAGUAAUUUUGAGAGAGUAAACACAAUACAGUAUGGAACUUCAGAUAACAAGGACAGUACUCUGCAGAGUACAAUGGAAGCUUGUGCAUCUAGUCGUCAAAAAUGUCCAGCUCAAAUCCCUGAGGAUGGUACUUUAAAACAUGAAGUUUUUUAUUCAGAGACCUUCACUGGAUCUAGAAAAUUCCUGAAAAGUAGGGAAAACCAGUCUGAUUUAUCUGAAACAAAAAAGUCAACUUAUGAAGCAAUGUAUGGUCCUCCUGAAUGUCCAUUCUGUGGAAAAAUAGAAGAAUGUAGUCAAGAUAUGGAAAAUCAUGUGAAAACAAAGCAUGUCAGUCUUUUAGACCCACCAUUAGAAGACUGCAGUCAACCAUUGUAUGACUGUCCUAUGUGUGGGCUCAUCUGUACAAAUUAUCAUAUUCUCCAGGAACAUGUUGACUUGCAUUUAGAAGAAAGGCAUUUUCAACAAGGCAUGGAUAGAAUUCAGUGUUCUGCUGAUCUAGAAUUGGCUCACCAGCUUCAACAGGAAGAAGACCGAAAGCAAUCUGAAGAAUCUAGACAAGAAAUGGAGGAAUUCAAGCAGCUGCAGCAACAGUAUGGUUUAGAUGGGUCUGGAGGAUAUAAAGAACAGCAACUACGGAAUAUGGAAAUAGAAGUAAAUAGAGGAAGAAUGCAUCCAACUGAGUUUCACAGGAGAAAAGCUGACCUGAUGGAAUCCUUAGCUGUUGGUAUUGAUGAUGGAAAAACAAAAACUUCUGGAAUUAUUGAAGCACUUCAUAGAUACUAUCAGAGUACUGCCACAGAUGUGAGGCGUGUGUGGCUUUCUGCAGUGGUAGAUCACUUUCAUUCUUCUCUAGGUGACAAAAGUUGGGGUUGUGGUUACAGAAAUUUCCAAAUGCUACUUUCAUCAUUAUUACAGAAUGAGGCUUAUGAUGAUUGCUUGAAAGGUAUGUCAGUUCCUUGUAUUCCAAAAAUUCAGUCUAUGAUUGAAGAUGCAUGGAAAGAAGGUUUUGAUCCUCAGGGGGCCUCUCAACUUAAUAACAGGUUACAGGGAACAAAAACCUGGAUUGGAGCAUGUGAAGUAUUUACCCUCCUGACUUCCCUGAGGGUCAAGUGCCGUAUUAUUGAUUUUCACAAGGCAACUGGUCCCUCGGGUACACACCCUCGCUUAUUUGAAUGGAUAUUGAACUAUUAUUCCUCAGAGCAGGGAGGGAAUGCAAAGGUGCUAUGCACGUCCAAACCUCCUAUCUAUCUCCAGCAUCAAGGUCAUAGUCGAACAAUUGUUGGAAUUGAAGAGAGAAAAAACAGAACAUUAUGUUUAUUAAUAUUUGACCCUGGAUGUCCUUCUCGAGAAAUGCAAAAACUAUUAAAACAAGACUUCGAAGCCAGUAGUCUCAAGCAACUUCGGAAAUUUGCAGGAAAUUUAAAACAUAAACAAUACCAGAUAGUGGCAAUAGAGGGUACUCUUUCGCCAGAAGAGAAAGUGGCCAGGAGACAAGCUUCUCAAGUCUUUACAGCGGAGAAGAUUCCUUGAAGAAUUAAACUUUUUGGUGAUUAUAGCAUUGUACUUUAUUUUCCAAAACCUGGGCCGUUGAACUUUUUAAUACAACUUAAGAAUCUGUGAAUUCUCUUGAGUGCUCAACUUGCUUGCCUACAUUAAAUUAUUCCUUUAGUGCUUUAUUAUCUACUGAUUGUUUCAAUAAAAUAUCUUGCUUGCACUGAA